CUUUCCAUUGCCUCAAAGAACAAGUAAGCAAGCAAGCAACAGGCUAGUUCGUGUGAGCUUCUUCUUCUUCCUGUCUACUCCCAGUUUAUUGGCCGUCUAGCAACUCGAUCAAAAUGUCUACAAACUCGAGAUCCAACUCGAGGGCCAACUUCUCGAACGAGAUCCACGACAUGGCGACGCCGCAGAACUCCAACAUGCCCAACAUGAUGUACUACAACGAGAGGUCGCUGGCGGACUUCUUCCCUCCUCACCUCCUCAAGAAGAUGGUGUCGGAGGUGGUGUCGACGUUCCUGCUGGUGUUCGUGACGUGCGGGGCGUCGGCGAUCAACGGCAACGACCCGUCGCGCAUAUCGCAGCUCGGGCAGUCGGUCGCCGGAGGGCUCAUCGUCACCGUCAUGAUCUACUCCGUCGGCCACAUCUCCGGCGCCCACAUGAACCCCGCCGUCACCACCGCCUUCGCCGUCUUCCGCCAUUUCCCAUGGAUUCAGGUUCCGUUCUACUGGGCGUCGCAGUUCACGGGGGCGAUCUGCGCGUCGUUCGUGCUGAAGGCGGUGCUGCACCCGAUCGAGGUGCUGGGAACCACGACGCCCGUGGGGCCGCACUGGCACUCGCUGCUCAUCGAGAUCAUCGUCACCUUCAACAUGAUGUUCGUCACCCUCGCCGUCGCCACGGACACCAGAGCGGUGGGUGAGUUGGCCGGGUUAGCUGUCGGGUCCUCCGUUUGCAUUACGUCCAUCUUCGCAGGGGCGGUGUCGGGCGGAUCGAUGAACCCGGCUCGGACGCUGGGGCCGGCGUUGGCGAGCAACCGCUACACGGGGCUGUGGCUCUAUUUCUUGGGCCCGAUCCUAGGCACACUGUCGGGCGCCUGGACCUACACCUUCAUCCGCUUCGAGGACUCCCCCAAGGACGCCCCCCAGAAGCUCUCCUCCUUCAAGCUCCGACGCCUCCAGAGCCAAUCCGUCGCCGCCGAAGACGACGACGUCCUCGACCACAUCCCCGUCUGAUCAUCCUAUCUCAGCGUGUUGUUGCCUUGAUCACUAGCUAUGUGUCUCUGUGUGAUCACCUUGUACCGGUUUGAUGAUGGAUUCAAUGACGGGGGAGUGUGUGCGUGCUUCGCGUGUGUGGCGGUAGAUCAAUUGCUCGCUCUGUUUGAUGUGCGAAAACAUGGAGCCGGGGCGUGAUUUUGAGGGCGCACGUGUGCAUUAGUCUGCUGUCUGUCAUACGCGCUCGUGCGUGCGUGCCAAUCAAGUGUACCUCUCCUGCUGUUGCAGUACAUAAAACAUCUUUGUGGCGUUUCAUACA